CACCGUGCAUAUCCUACAAGCAACAUAAACCCUCUCACUUCUAUCUUCCUUAGCAGUAAAACAGUACCAGGGUUCUGUUCCGGAGGCUCUUUCUUCUGCAACUUGGGGUUCUUGAGUCGCGGAAAGGAUGUCGUCUUUCAUGGCGAUUCAGCGAGCUGGAAAUUCCAUGUUGGCCACAUUUUUCAAGGUACGGGUUCCAUACUCGUAUAAGCUCUUCUCCGAACACAGUCAUACACUGAAGCUAAGUGUCUUGUUCUCCGCCCCUCGUAAUCUUCCAUUGAGAUCCCUCGGCACCUCCGCCGUCCCAAACCAGUGGAAUCCGCCCCAGCCAUCUGAUACUAGGGUUUUUCAGCACGACGGUGGUGUAGCUCAACGUGGAAACCCUAACCAGUGGAAUCCUCAGGAUCAGAGUUAUGCCCAGCGUGGAAACCCUAACCAGUGGAAUCCUCAAGAUCAGAAUUAUGUUCAGCGCGGAAACCCUAACCAGUGGAAUCCUCAAGAUCAGGAUUAUGCCCAACGUGGUAACCCUAACCAGUGGAGUCCUCAAGACCAGAAUUAUGCCCAGCGCGGAAAUCCUAGCCAGUGGCGUUCCCAAGGUCAGAAUUAUGCCCAGCGCAGUAACCCUAACCAGUGGAGCUCUCAGAAUCAGAGUUUUGCUCAGCGUACUAACCUUAAUCAGCGGAACUCUCAAGAUCAGAAUUUUGCUCAACGCGGAGCCCCUGACCAGUGGAACCCCCAAGAUCAAAACCAGAAACAAGUCGUUGAAAAUGGCGCUCCUAAUGUGCCCCCUGCCAAUGUUGAUUUGAUGAGCCUAUGCAGGGAGGGAAAGAUCAAAGAAGCUGUUGAUUUCAUGAUCCAAGGCGUUCGUGCUGAUCUUCCCGCUUUCCAUGCACUGCUGAACUCGUGUGCUAACUCAAAGUUACUUGAAGAAGGGAAAAAGGUACAUGAUUAUGUGCUGCGGUCACCCUGUAGGACUGACCUUCAAUUGAUGAAUAAAGUGAUUGAGAUGUACAUAAAAUGUGGUAGUAUGACUGAUGCCCGGAGGGUGUUUGAUCGAAUAUCUGAAAGGAAUAUGGAUACUUGGCAUUUGAUGAUUAAUGGGUAUGCCAUGAAUGGGCAGGGGGAUGAUGGAUUGCAGCUAUUUGAACAGAUGAGGAAGCUAGGGUUAAUACCAAAUGGGCAGACUUUCCUUGCUGUUUUAUCUGCUUGUGCUAGUGCAGAAGCUGUAGAAGAAGGUUUUAUACACUUUGAGUCGAUGAAAAAUGAAUAUGGGAUUUCUCCAGGGAUUGAACAUUAUUUGGGGAUUAUUGAUGUUCUUGGGGCAUCUGGGCAUGUUACUGAAGCUAAGGAGUUCAUUGAGAACAUGCCAAUAGAACCCACAGCAGCAGUUUGGGAGACCUUGAUGAAUUUUGCUAAAAUUCAUGGAGAUAUUGAUCUUGAGGACCAUGCAGAGGAACUGUUAGUUGCUCUUGACCCCUCUAAAGUUGUUGCUAACAAGAUCUCAGCCCCACCACCCAAAAAGCGUUCAGCAGUUAGCAUGCUUGAGGGGAAGAAUAGAGUGAGCGAGUUUAGAAGUGCAGCUCCCUACAAGGGAGAGGAAGUAAAAGGCUUGAAUAUGAAGGAAGCUGGUUACGUGCCGGACACAAGAUAUGUGCUCCAUGACAUUGAUCAGGAGGCCAAAGAGCAGGCAUUGCUCUAUCACAGUGAGCGGUUGGCCAUUGCUUAUGGUCUAAUCAGCACUCCAGCGAGAACACCUCUUAGGAUCAUCAAGAACCUCCGUGUCUGUGGUGAUUGUCAUAAUGCAAUCAAGAUAAUGUCUAAGAUUGUUGGCAGGGAGCUCAUUGUUAGGGACAACAAGAGGUUUCAUCAUUUCAAGGAUGGCAAAUGUUCUUGUGGGGAUUAUUGGUGAUACCUGUCAUUAAAUUAAAGCUUAUGUUUUGUGCCUACAUGACCACAUUAGCAUUGGUUAGUGUAUAAAGGUGGAUCAGAAUGUCCAGUUCUAUUAGUGGAAAUUCAUGGUGUUACUUAUUAGUAGGAGAGGAACUCUGGGAAGUGGGAGCAUGGGAAUGCUAGAAGGAGAUUAUGUGAAGCUUAUAAAGAAUUAAAGCAAAAGAAAGCAGGUGCUUCUGGUGAUGAUGAUAUAUAGGACUGCUCCUAAAUGGUGUUGCUUCAUCAAUUGAUGGUGGAGAGGUUGAAUUAAUGAUCAGAAUUAGACAGUUGGACAGAAAGUAUUAGUAAUGAUGAAGAUCAAAUUAUCAAAUUGAUAAUUUGUAAAUGUGGCUAUAUUCUGUUGUUAGCUUCUGGUUCCAACUACAUCUAAGUUGAAGUGUUUGAUAUUCAAUUCUUGAACAUUGGUUGUGGUCUUUGUGGGCCAAAGAUCUAACUUUUUUUCCAAAACAA